GGCCACGACAGCGCGGCGGAACCCGCCCCUCAGAGACACGCUCGGCCGCCUCCGCUGCAGUCGCGGUCUCCAGUCACGUGACGCCUGCUCUGGGCCGGUCCCACUUCCGGCCGCUCUAGCCCGGUUAACUCGGUGGUACCGGCGCCUUCCUUGUCUCGCAGGCGGACUCCUUCCCACCUUCCCUUGCCUUCAGCAGGAAGAGUGGCCUUUACGGACUCUGAGGUCCCUGAGCACAUUUCGUGAAAAUGACCCAUUGGUUUCAUAGGAACCCAUUAAAAGCUACAGCUCCCGUGUCUUUUAACUACUAUGGCAUGAUCACUGGCCCUCCUGCUUCGAAGAUUUGCAAUGACCUGAGAUCCGCCAGGACUCGGCUCCUCGAAUUGUUCACUGAUUUGAGUUGUAAUCCAGAAACCAUGAAGAAUGCGGCGGACUUGUAUUUCUCUCUUUUACAAGGUUUCAUAAAUUCAGUGGGUGACUCUACCCAGGAAAGCAAAUUACGAUACAUUCAGAACUUCAAGUGGACUGAUACAUUACAAGGACACGUUCCCAGCGCCCAGCAGGAUGCUGUUUUUGAACUGAUUUCCAUGGGAUUUAAUGUAGCGCUGUGGUAUACAAAAUAUGCCUCAAGAUUGGCUGGAAAAGAGAACAUAACAGAAGAUGAAGCAAAAGAAGUUCACCGAAGCCUAAAAAUUGCAGCUGGGAUUUUUAAACAUUUAAAGGAAAGUCAUAUACCCAAACUUCUUACACCAGCAGAAAAGGGGCGGGACCUAGAGGCUCGGCUCAUCGAUGCCUACAUCAUCCAGUGCCAGGCCGAGGCUCAGGAAGUGACAAUCGCCCGAGCAAUUGAACUGAAGCAUGCUCCUGGACUGAUCGCUGCACUUGCGUACGAAACAGCCAGCUUCUACCAGAAAGCAGAUCAUACUUUGUCCAGUUUGGAGCCUGCACACUCUGCUAAAUGGAGAAAGUACCUUCACUUGAAGAUGUGCUUCUACACGGCUUAUGCGUAUUGCUACCAUGGCCAGACUCUGUUGGCGAGUGAUAAAUGUGGAGAAGCAAUCAGAUCUCUCCAAGAAGCAGAAAAAUUGUACGCAGAGGCAGAAGCCUUAUGCAAAGAGUACGGGGAAACCAAAGGCCCAGGGCCAACGGCCAAGCCAUCAGGACACCUGUUCUUCCGGAAGCUCGGGAGCCUUGUGAAGAACACCCUGGACAAAUGUCAGAGAGAGAACGGCUUCAUUUACUUUCAAAAAAUUCCAACAGAAGCCCCACAACUGGAACUCAAAGCAAAUUAUGGGCUGGUAGAGCCUGUGCCUUUUGAAUUUCCUCCUGUGAGUGCUCACUGGACACCGGAAGCGCUGGCUGCAUUUGAUCUCACCAAGAGACCCAAGGAUGACAGUAUCAAACCCAAACCAGAAGAGGAAGUGAAACCUGUAAAAGAACCGGAUAUCAAACCUCAGAAGGACACUGGGUGCUCUGUCUCAUAAAAAUGUCACUCACUUAGAAAUCUCUGCUGGUCCACAAGAGAAACCAUGGGACUUCAGUUUACCUUUUCUGAUAUCUCUGACGCCCAUAGGAUAAUUGUUAGCUUCAGAGCAACCUGGCCUUUAGUUAUUUAUUCUUGAUUUUUAACAUAGAGGCAUUUCAUGAUUUUGUUUCUGGGCUCUACUUUUCUAAUCAGGACAAUGUUUGGAAGGGUUUUUUAAUGCCUCUAAUGAGUUAUAUGUGGGGGGCUGGACCUUUUUUGAACUCUAUACAGUAAGUUUCAUGUUAAUGUUUUUCUACUUUCACAAAAAUGUUUAUUCUUCUUGUUUGAUACCAGAAGAAUGUUUUGAAAGAGAUGGGUUCGCCUCUCCUCUCCACCUUGUCAGCUCUGAGUCUAGCUCUGUCUUCUGGCAGGGAAACAGAAUCGCAGUUAAAAUCAGAAAACCUCAGACCAUACUUCUUUCCUUACACUUAACCAGAGUCUAUGAUUUCUAGAAAAUCAGUGUCUUCAAGAAUGUGUCGGUUACUUGGGAUUCGCAGUGUGGGUGUGCGUGCCCCUCGGCCCCUGGCCCACCAGUGUGGUGCCGUGCUCUCAUCAUCCCCAGUACCGACACGGUGGUGGUUUUUGUUUUUACAAGUACCUUUUCUAAUGCAGUUUUUACUUAAGGGGUAAAGCUUUGUACUAGCAUUUAGUGCUUCUAUGUAGAGAGAGAAAAAGAAUGGUAGUGCAUUUUGAAGAAGUAAAACGUUGCAUGUUGUAAAGAAAGCCUUUGUAAACUCAAGCAAGAUAGGCUGUCCUGGGUCACACUGGUGAUUCCUUUGUUAGAAGUGUUUUAAGAAAAUGCCUUUUGUUCUCUGAUUUUGAUGUACAUUAUGUUUUUAACAUGGUCCUUUUCAGUAUGUAUCCUGUCAGAAUUGUUUGGCAUUAGGCCAAAGGCCAUAGCGACAGAGGUUAGGAUAUAGACACACAAGCUAUGAUCUUUAAAGCAGGUUGUAUCACUUAGAGUUUGUUAUACCCACAUACUGGGAGUGGUUAGUGUGUGGUACUUUACUGAGUAACAGACGUGGGUGGGCCCUACUUGGUUACUCUCCUGGGGUGUGAACUUCCUUUUCUAGGUGACAGAUUGCUUCCGCAUAAUAGGAAUAAUAAUGUGUGUGAGAACUUACUGUGUGCUGACAGUGUAUAGGCACAUACGUAGACCACUGCAUCCCUUAGCCUCCCUGUGAGAAACACAUCAAUCUGCAUAAAGUAUUGAAACAGGAAUAUACAUCUCAUGAUGAAGAAUGAACAGGCUAUACCUGCCGAUCAGGAUUGUAGUCAAUAAAUCAUAUAUCAUAGUUUACACUCCUACGAAAAGCCACAUAUAAUCACUAAGGGUUUUUUAAAAUAAUGUAAAAUGUUAGUUGCAGCUUGCAGUGUCUGGUGUUUGCAGCUGUAGCUUUCAGGCUACUUGGAGUAACUACUGAGCGGCACUAAGCUUGAUUCUGCUGCCUAUAGAAAAACAAUAUUAACUUUUCACCCUUCCUACAGAGUCACUUGUUAAAUGCCAGUUACUGACAAAACUUUUAACUACUACUUGCUGCUGCCUGUUUACACGCUGCCUGUAGGGCUUGUUCUGUGCACUAAUACUCAUUAGCCUAGGUAGUCAUGCUGCUAAACUGUGGACUAAACUGCUGUUCAUGAGAUGGAAACACAUACUACGUCCGGCACUUCUGUAAAGGGCAGUAAAUGCAGGUGUUUAAAUCCAUAAUUGGCAAUGUUCACAUGAUCGCAUGACAGUCUUCAGUUGACUACAAAGUAAUACCAGAAGCCUAACAUACCCGUAACAAGGUUCUGAAGUAGUAGUAGGGAUUAGGGAAGACACCGAGUAUAAAGCACUGGCAUGCGGGUCAUGGAGAGAUGAAACUGGACGUUGGUGUUGCAUGUAUUUCAUACCAGGUGAGGACAGCUCACGCUCCUUCUGUACAGUGUUUAUAUGAUUUAUCUUUUUAUUUAUGAAAAUAAAAGCCAUUUUACUUACA